AUGAACUUGGGGCAUCCCCUGGCCACCUUUUUCCACCUGUUCUUCCGAGUGAGCGCUAUCGUUACCUACCUGUUCUGUGACUGGCUCGGCAACAGCUUUGUUGCCUGUUUUGCCACUAUUCUCCUUCUUCUAUCCUUCGACUUUCAGUCGGUAAAGAAUGUGACAGGAAGGCUCUUGGUUGGUUUACAUUGGUGGAACCUGAUUGAUGAAGUUGGGAAAAGCCACUGGGUAUUUGAAGCAAAAAAGGGAGCUACAGUAGCUGCCUCAACUGAAGUUGAAGCUCGAAACUUUUGGCUUGGUCUCAUUAUAUGCCCAGUUAUUCGGACAGUGUUUUUCUUCAGCACCUUGUUUUCCUUGAAGCUGAAACGGCUGGCUCUCGUUAUAGCUGGAAUCUCCCUUCAAACUGCUAAUUUAUACGGGGACAUCCACUGUAAAUUAGAGGGACAAAAAACCAUCAGCAGAACAACUUCUUUGGUCGCAGCAGAUGGUUCCAAGUACUAACCUGGCUUGUCACAGCCCAUAAAAUACCAUAGUGCCCUGCUGUGCGCUGUUGGUUUUGAAUCUCUCCGGGUUCUAUUAGCUCU